AUGGCCGUGACCGUGUCCGGCGAGAAGCGGCCACCGCCACCGGCCCUGGCCUCCAGCGGAACGGCAAGGAAGCUUAUCCUAGCACUGCUAAUAUGUCUAUCGGCGCUGCUGUACAAGCAGAUUCAGCCGCCACCGCCCAAGAUCCCCGGUUCGCCGGGCGGCCCUCCGGUCACGGCAACCAGGACGCGGCUCAGCGACGGCAGGUACCUGGCCUAUCUGGAAACCGGCGUCCCCAAGCAGAAGGCCAAGUACAAGAUCAUCUUUGUCCAUGGAUUCGACUCCUGCAGAAAUGACGCGCUUCCAAUCUCCAAGGAGCUGGCACAAGAGCUGGGCGUUUACCUGUUGUCCUUCGAUCGGCCAGGGUACGCCGAGAGCGACCCGCACCCGGGCAGGACCGAGAAGAGCAUCGCCCUCGACAUCGCCGAGCUCGCCGACAACCUGCAGCUAGGACCCAAGUUUUACCUCACUGGCUUCUCCAUGGGCGGCGAGAUCAUGUGGAGCUGCCUCAAGUACAUCCCACACAGGCUCUCUGGCGUGGCCAUUCUCGGCCCGGUGGGCAACUACUGGUGGUCCGGCUUGCCGGCGAACGUGUCGCGGGACGCCUGGUACCAGCAGCUCCCUCAGGACCAGUGGGCGGUCUGGGUCGCGCAUCACCUGCCGUGGCUGACCUACUGGUGGAACAGCCAGAAGCUCUUCCCGGCCUCCAGCGUCAUCGCCUACAACCCUGCCCUCCUGUCCGAAGAAGACAAGCUGCUCAUGGCAAAGUUUGGCUACAGAACCUACAUGCCGCAGAUUAGGCAGCAGGGGGAGCACGAGUGCCUGCACCGGGACAUGAUGGUCGGCUUCGGGAAAUGGAGCUGGAGCCCGCUGCAGCUGGAGAACCCGUUCGCCGACGCCGAUGAUGGCCAGGAGGGGCGGGAAGGUGCACCUGUGGCACGGCGCCGAGGACCUCGUCGUGCCGGUCAGCCUGUCGAGGUACAUCAGCGAGAAGCUGCCGUGGGUCGUCUACCACGAGCUCCCCAAGUCGGGACAUCUCUUCCCGCUCGCCGACGGGAUGGCUGA